AUGUCAUCUUCCUCUACUUAUACGACUCGCCACAGACCUGAGAUCAGACAUAGGUACUUUGAGAUUCUUCUUCUUGAUGCUUCUAGAGAGGCAGUAUAUUUUGAGCAACAGCCGGUUCGUGAUGAGCUUGUUCAGGCUAUCAAAGAUGUAGAGGAAGGGCUCCUUCAACUGAAACGUGCAAGGUUAUUGAGAGAGGCUGACUUUACUCUACAGGGCUCCCAACGUUCUGCUGAGGAUGUCAGGGUAGAGCCUCUUGAUCCAACAGAUUUUGAAGCUGAACCCCUGGUGGGGGAUCAAAGUUAUUCCAUUGGAUCAAAAUGUAGGUUCCGCCACACCAAUGGACGAUGGUAUAAUGGCCUCAUUGUUGGACUAGAAGAUUCUAAUUCUGCAAAAAUUUCAUUCCUCACUCCGAAAUCUGAAAACAUGCUGCUUACUAAUGCUAGACCACCCAAGUGCAGAUGUGCAAGUUCUUUCUGCAGCAACGAUGUCGAUUUGGCACUAACUGCCGCUUAUCACAUGGCUUUGAAGGGUAAUAGGAACUAUUAUUGUCUUAGAGACGAAGAGAGACCAACCACCCACUCUCCUGCAAUAAACAGGGUUGAUGUUCCCCUAUCUUCCUUGAAGAAGUAUAUACCCACGGUAUGGGAGCAGUCGCUGGUUGGGUCCAGUAUAUGGGCAGUCUCAGACAACAAAGUCGGCCUUUGGAGGGAAGCUGAACUUGAAUCGUGGAAUGAGAAACUCAGGGUGGGGCAAGUUGUUUUCCAAGACGAUGGACGCUCCGAAAAGCUUGGGACUGAAGCAAUUUCAUUGUCUGAAUUUGCAGAAAUGAGUGACGAAGAUGAAAGUGAUACGAGCUCAGAACAAUCUGAUUCUAGUAUCUAUCAGGAAGAUGAUUCACAAGGUUUAGGAUUUCUUGAGAGCACUACCCAGCAGAGGGGCAUCCAGACUGAAACUGUCAUUUUUGCAAAGUGGGAGAAUCACACCAGGGGUGUAGCUUCCAAGAUGAUGGCUAAUAUGGGUUACCAGGAAGGUAUGGGUCUAGGUUCAUCUGGGCAGGGAAUGCUGGACCCGAUAUCCGUGAGAGUCCUUCCACCAAAGCAAUCUCUUGAUCAUGCACUCAAAUCUCGGGAAAAUGAAGAGAAUCGUGGGAAGAAACGUAGCAGGGGUGGGAAGAGAAAACGCGACAAGAAGUUUGCAGAAUUAGCUAGAGCUGCUAAAGAGGAAGAUGAAUCAAGGCCGGAUGUCUUUACUCUCAUCAAUACCCAGCUUGCAACGCACAGUGAAGCUAUGAAUGGUGGGUUGGCAAAGAGGCGGGAGAAUAAAGGUGUUGGAGAAGGGAAGAAAGUGGACAGGCGGACUCUGGUUGCAUAUGAUGAUGAAAUGAAGGAGUUGAGGAUGCGAAUCGAGAAGCUAGAAGAAAUGGUGAGCCGAAACAAAAACGAAAAGGUUGUUUAUGAGGCUGCUACGAGGAAGUUGAAUGAGACUCGCAAAGCUUUGGCAGAUGCCGAGGCAGCUCAUGCAUCUGCUUCAAAUGCAGUUGUGAGCAAGGAAAAAGAGAAGAGAUGGCUUAAAUUUUGA